AGUGCGCUCUAGACGGCGCGCCUUUGUAGACGUCGUGCAGGGAGAUUGGAAAAGCGUCCGCGAAAAGCCCAAUAACUAAAAAUUAUGCAACGAGUGCGUGUCAGUGAAGAGUGAAGAGUGAAACAAACCCAAUCAUAGGCGGCAGCAUGAAAAGUUGCAAAUAAUUCAAUAAUACACAAAAAAUUGAACGCGCAAAAGAACUCAAAAUAAGAACAGAAACAAUAACCGAAACAGAGAAGCAGAAGCAGAAGCAGAAGCAUAAACAAUUUCGCCACCUAGAAGGUGCGAGAAAAAUGGCGCAUCGGCAAUGUGUGAACAACCUGGACCAAGGAAGCGACCCCAUGGACCACAGAGAAGAGCCCUAAGAAAUUAUGAAAUUAAUAGCCCGACAAUUGGUCGAAAGAAAAGCCAAACAUUUAGCAGCAUUGAACUUUCCCCAUCGAGAGUCUGUACGAGUGAAAGUUGAAUAGAACAUAGAAACGCGACAAAUUGUGAACGCGGCAACCUUGUGAAUACUUUUCGCGGAUCGUUGAACGCUGCGGCCAUGAAGCAGGAGAAAACACUCAUCAUGGCAUCCCCGCAACACAAGCAGCAGCGCCACCAGCAGCUCUUGGAACGCUCCUCGUCCACGCCCCGCAGUCCCAUCACCAAGGCCUUCGACUUCCUACCAUGGGCGCGCAGUCGCAGCAAGGUGAACAUGGCCAAGGCCCAGGCGCCACAGGCCGAGCAGCAGGCGGCCAGUGCGGAGAAGCCCUCGGAGGUGCACUACCAUCGGAAUAUCUUCCGCAGCGGCGGCGGCCUCAUCCGAGACAUUCUCGUGGGCGACAAGCAGCUUAAUCUCAAGGAUAACAAUGCCAGCAAGCCGCCCCAGUCCCCGGUGCCGGCGAAUAAAAGGAAGCAGAAGCAUCUGUCCCGCAACAAGAGUCUGGACAUCCGGGAGCUUAUCGGUUGCGUGGAAAGCGAGCUGGCACCCAGGUCGACAGGCGGACAGGUAGGACAGGCAGGACAGCCGACUCGCUUCCUGGACGACACAUACAUCGACCACAAGCCCAAGCAUAUUCUUUUCAAUGACGACGAGAACACCGUGUACAUCAUCAAGAAGGAGCAGCCGGUGGCCAAGAGCACCCACAAGCCACAGGCUUCCGCCUCCGUGUCCAAUGGAGAUGUGCUGAAAGCCCGCCUCAAGUUCAAGCGCCUGCCCAGUGACCGGUACGAAACGGCCUCUCCGGAGGCUCUGCGCCGUGCCCAACAGCUGCACCAGCGCUCUGAGCAGCGCCAUCAGUUGCAGCGCCGCAAAAGCCUCAGUGACCAGCAGAGCAACUCCAGCCACAGCAGCGGCGGGGGCGGGGGCGGGGGUGGUGGUGGCGGAGGGAGAGGUGGCGAUGGAUUUGGCAUCGGCAGCAGCAGCAUUAUGCUGGAAAGACCCAAGACGGACAAGCCGCGCAAGAAACUGUCGUUCCGGGAGCCGAUUGUGGCCGGGGACCAGGUCCUGCCGCUCCUAAUGGCUGAGCAGCGGCAGGCGAGGCAACGACGACGCAGCUCUCCCCUGGAGCGCACCCGAGGGGGAUUGGCAGUAGCAGGAGCUGGAGCAGGAGCAGGAGCAGGAGGAAGCGACUGUGAUAAUUUAUGCAAUAAUCGCACAAAGGAUGCAAUUUCCUGCGGCUGUGCGGCAAGCGAUCCUGAGUCUCAGGCCAUGCGCAUCGUUCGCACCGUCGGCCAAGCCUUUGAAGUGUGCCACAAAUUUAAUCUUCAUAAGAAUUCCCUGGAACCUAAUGACGAGCGCUCCGAUAUCUCGUCGUCGGAGCUCCUCGAUGUAGAACAAAUCAGCGAACAGCAGCUGAGCGAAGAUGGGGAACGUGGCGGCGGCGACAACGAGACGCCAAAGAAAGAGCACUUGGCCAUAACGCCCGAUCUGAACCACACGCAGCCGCAGCGUCCAAGCCACUUGGAGCUGAUGCCAUCGCAGUCGAGUCUACGCAAAUCGACCAGCCUGCUGUGCGAUGUAGACGACAAGUUGCCCGGCUCUCCUGCAUCGCCGCGUACUGAGAUCACACAGCUGAAGGAUCAGCUGGAGGCACAGGCCCUGCAGACCCGUCAGGCUCUGGGACAACUGAUGCUGGUGCGAGAGCAGCUCAUCUCGGAGACGAAUGCGCGCAUCGAGGCGCAGGCGCGCACCCAGCAGCUUCUCCAGCAGAAUCGGGAGCUCUUGGAGCACCUGGCCUCGCUGGGGGCAUACAACGAGCAGCAGAGCGCUGGCCUCACCACAGCCAACAUAGGGCUGGCUCCCCAGCAAUCGCAGCUGCAGCUGCUGCUCCAGGCCACCAGCAAUAACAACAACCUGGCGACCAUCAAUCAGCAGAUUAACAACCUGGGCAACAUCAACCAGCAGCUGACUUCUCUUAGCCAUCAGCUGAGCGGGCUUAAUCAGCAGAGCCAGCAUCUUCAGAAUCUGCAACAGCAACAGCAGCAGACGCCGCCAACGCCGCAGCAGCAACAACCGCAGCCUCAGCUGACUCCUGCUACGCCGCCCCCAGCCAGUGGAGGCAGUCCGUACCCCUCCAUGAGCCAGCUGCAGAGCAUAAGCAACCAGCUGCAGCAGCAGCAGCAACAGCAGCAGCAGGAUGCCCUGUCCAAGGAUCUGUUCCAGGUCAACCAGGAGCUGCUCAAUCGGCUGCAGGCCCUCAAUCUGAAUGCAAAUCCAGCCCCGACUCAGCAGACGCCUUCGGCCUCGCCGCACAACUCGUUCUUCUAUGCGAAUCCGUUGUCCUGUGCACCGGCCACCCCUAACAAUAAUGUGGCGGCGGGGGGAUUCAAUUUUCUCACUUCUCCGGCGGCAACGGGCACCUUGACUCCCUCGCAGCUGGGCACCUUGAACCGGAACUCCUUCGCCGGCAGCUCCUCGCUGAACGAGGAUCUACGCCUCAGCAUCGAGCAGAACCUGAACAGUCUCGAGGAGCAACUGAAGGCGGCCGUCUCAAACGGUAACCUGGCCGGUCUGGCUUGUGGGGGAUCCACCAGCACGCGGGACACCAGCCGCAGCUCCUCUACGCUGGACUCUCCCUCGUCCCCGCGUCUACGCAGCAGCAACAACAACAUCAGUCCCGGAAGCAGCCAGAGCAAUGGAAACGGCAACGGUAACAACAGCGGCAGGGACACGCGCUUCAAUACAGUGCAGCUGCGGGUGACGGACGAAGCGGGACACCAGCGAAAGCUGUCGGCCACGCCCAGCUUCAUUACGCGCAGCACCAGCGAGAAGGUGCCCAAUCGGAGCCAGAUGAUGAGCCAAGUGCAGAGGACCGCCUGGGCAAGGCACACGACCAAGUGAUGGGACGCGGAUACACGGAUACGCGGAUACGUGGAUACACGGAUACAGGAGAUUCAACACGGACCAGGACCUAAGUUAGACGAUUAGUGUGAGUUCGAUUGUGAGUGGUUUGAGUGGUGUGAGUGCUAGUGAGUGGAAGGACCGAGUGAAUGAGUGAAACAGUAUUAAUUUAGAAGAAAACUUUAGUUUGCAUUUUAGGAGCAGGUGGAGCAGGUUGAGCAGGUCCCAGUGUGCCAAAGAUCAUUUAAAGCAAAUUAUUUGCACGGCUCAAAGUUAGUCUAGUGAUUAUAGAUUAUGUUGCCGAUUAUUGUUGUUAAGAUGAGAGAUCAAAGUGUGCCAAAGUCUCAGUUUUUUUUUUUUUUUUCUAACUCUCUAAUGUCUAGUCAGUGAAAGUAUUUACGAAGCAUAAUCUAAACCAAAUCCCCAACGGCAUAUCAGCAAUGAAAAACCUGGAAAAGUAAACGUUUCAAAGUAUUUUCUCUUCCUAAAGUGAAAUCUACCUAUACACCCCUUACCCUUAAGCUAUUGAAUCUAUUAUAUAUUCUAAAUACUUAGUUGAAUAAUUUUUUUUUUUAAUUGUUGUAUUUUAAUUCCCAUUAUGCGGCUUUCUCGCAUAGGCUUUCCCAUACGAUAUGAUGCAAAUGGAAAGCGCAAUAAUAAUAAUAAUAAUUUGAAAUGCCAAUACUCUAUGCAUUAAUUAGUUGCCUAGGCAAAUGUUAUU